AUGUGGCUUGUUCCUGGCCGGGAACUGAGGAUUAUGAGAAAGGAUCUGUGGGGAAAAGCAGGAAAUCACAGAGGGGCUGUGAGCUUUACCCUGACAAGUCGGUUCAGUCUUUGCAUCUCCUCGUUAAAAGCUGUUCCUGGCCUGGAACUGAUUUUAAAGACCUAUUGUAUACUGAGCUCAAUAAGUUCUCUUGUUGCGGCUUCUCCAACUGAAAUUUUGUCAGGAAUUUAUCUGUUACAAGCUAUCUUAGAACCCCUCGGUGGAAAGUUUGUGAAUUUGGUUUUGUUAUGCUGUAGCUCAAUUCAUCUAUUAAAUAAAAUGGGAUCUCCACUUUCUGCACAGAACAAGUCAAUAUCCUCGCUUGCUAACCGUCUAGGCGUUCCUGGAGAUGCGAAAUUCAUCUUUCGCCAGAGUUCCAAGGAUCGAGCCAAGGGAGAUCACUUAGAAGUUUACAAAAUCAAGUCUGGAACUACGGUGGUGGUAAAUGAAAAGGAUUUAUCCCUAGUUAUAGCAGUUUGA